AUGGACGUAGACCAAGAGAAUACACCACACGAAUCUAAGCAUAUACUCGAUACUUGUACAGACCAGGGGAAUUGGACCUUUGGUAGUGAAGAGCCAAAAGUAAGUGCUAUGUUGCGUGCUAGUUUUGCUGAUGCUUCACAUGCCGGAAGGAACCUGGACGCAAACGGCCAGCCAAUAAUAUUGACACAGGGUGGUGUUCUAUGCAGAGAAAAGGAUGUGGAUAUCGAUACAGCAACACCGUAUGGAGCAUAUACGUACAAAGACAUGAACAGUUUACACGGUGAUGGGUUGGCUUAUGAGCGUCAAGAAAUAGACUCAAGCCCGAAUGUAUUGGAAAGUAGAGGUGUGAGCGUAAGCAAGGGCGUUAACGAGAACGUUGGCGUAUCAAAAGAUCGUGAAUGGUCCGAGCACGAUAAGUUUUAUGCACAGGGUGGCGCUAUAGCAGAUAGUACCUUGGGAUUGUUGUCGCUACAACACGGUACCAAAAGUUCACUAGCACAUAUAAAAACCAGACACAUACACAUCUCCCAAUCUAGGCGUCACAUGCAUACAGCAGCUGUCUAUCUUAGACAGACAUUAGACCGAGGUGUUCACACGGGGCCGACCCAGACAUUAUAUGGCGGAGCACACAUACGGACUUUGCAUAGACACGUACAAGCACAAAGCAAGGGUCAAUCACAACCUAAGACGGAGGCCAAACCUGAACCUGACACCGCUGCUACGAAUAGUGGAUCCUCGAUAUUCUCACGGUUAACAGCCAAAAUCUGGCCAACUGGCAGUUGUGAUGAGUCACUCGUGUUAUACCCUGCACAACCAGAACUAGAUACAAAACAUGGCCCAUCUACUACACCCGGUUCAGGACCCCAAUCUACAACCAACAACACAUCAGGCUCUAGAUCUUCACCCAAUUCUGCACCAAAACCCACCGCUGGCACGACUGGCACAGUAUCCGAGGCAACAGCUAGGGUGGCGCUACAGAAUAGAAAUCGGGAUGCUUCUGCGUUCCCGAGCACAACGCAUACAGUGAGUGUGUGGUACCCUCAUGGCGACGAAACUCCAACUCUGCUGCAAGUGUCGCUCCAGGAUACUGCGUAUCUGUUUCACCUUGCACACUUCAAGUCAAUACCACAGGCUCUGAACGAGCUCUGCCUCACACCCAAUAUCCUGAAGGCUGGACACGGAGUGGCGGCAGACGCGCUUAAACUGUACAAGUCGUAUGGUAUCCAAACGUGCGGGUUGGUGGAGAUUUGUAACAUCAACCAACACGUGAACGUCAAAAACGCUUAUGGUCUAGCCAACGCCGCGUUUGCGUCCACCAAUCUGGUGCUGUUAAAAUCGAAGAAGGUCACUAUGUCGAAUUGGGAGAAGGCUGACCUCAGCGAGCGACAGGUCUAUUACGCAGCGCAGGACGCUUGGAUUGGCGCUAGGAUCCUAGAUCACCAAUACAGAGUGUUUGGGGAGCCCCUGGGGCUGUCACUGUACCAAUUUGUGGUCAAAUACAAAGGUCUGAGCGGCCCUUCCUACAGAGACGUGGCACCUCUGGGCAUGAACCACUUCAAAGGGAUUGACUUGACAAAGUGUGCGUUCCAUCCCAUGGUGUUCAAGAUCCCUCGCACACCCCAUGCACUCCAGCUGAAGAUUGUGACAUCUGAUCACUCGGAUACCGCGACUCCUCCGUUGGGCCGGCCUAGUUAUAGUGCCCGAUCGGAUGGGAGAGGUGCUCCCAAGCCCAGACCGACCCCAGUGUCGACUCACCGAGUUACGAGGAAACCGAAAGCGAAGAUAAAGCAAUCCUCGAAGGAUUGGGAUAAAUACACCGGCGAGAUAGUGACAACUGUGAAUCAGAACGACCCCUUGACUCAGGAGUACCAUUGCUUGGCGGAAGUAAAGGUUGGGGACGACACCCACCAAGCCUUGCUUAGCGCGCGUAUCUGA